CAAGCCAUUAAAUGAGCUUGUUCUUUCGAGCUGAACAUGAUAUGACUCGAGUUCGGCUCGUUUAGUUAACAAGUUUGUUCACAAGCCAGCUCGAUUAAGAUGAAUCGAGUAUCUAACGAGUUUUUGUCGUAUCGAAUACCGAGUCGUUAAUGAGCCACUUGGUUCAUUAACAACCCUGGUUCAGAGUACAUAAUAUAGAUCCAUGGAUCAAAGUCAUGGAAUCCAAGCACCAAGAAUGAACCAUCAAGAGUAGGCCAAUCUAUCUAUCUAUCUUCUAUCUAUCUAAUAUAUGGAGAUUCUGCGGAGAGAGUGAAUUAAAAUAAAUAUUGGGAGCCUGACCGCAACUCACGGAAGGACAUAUGUGUCUUUUCCAUUAUAUAUUAUCUCAUCGAGUGAGUUUAUAGAGUUGCAUAAUUAUGUAUUUGGUUGGCCAUCCAUUUAUUAGCUUCAUUCCAAAGACUAUCCGAUCAACGCUAGAUUAAUUUCUCUUUCUUUUUUUAGGUAACGAUAAAAAAUAUAUGAGAUCAUACUACCUUAGAUUUAGGUUUGUGAUGUAUAGUUUUCUUUUACUAUAGCGGCAAAUCGACAACUCCCUUUGCUUUAUUUUUUUUAUAAAUUCGCUUGGUUUUUAUAAAUAUUAGUGAGAGAGUUAUAUUAUUACCACUGCCACAAUUCUCAAGAGCUAUAUAUAAGAGAUUUUCAAUUUCUCGCAAAUUUAGCGAACUAUAUCUCAUUCAUUUUCACUAUAAGUUUAAAUGGGUAAGAAAAACCAUAUUAAUUGAAACUUUUCAAAGAAAAGUCAAAGAAAACUAUGACAGAAUAUAUUUAUAAGAAUUUACAACAACAUCAAUGACAAUAGCAGUUAGGUAACAAUCUACCUCUACUUUUUUUUGUUUUUAACUUCAAGUCCCAAAAUUUUGAGGUUGCAUUGCACCCAUCACCUAUGCAUAUAUGAAUCCAGGCAAACAGGGGUAUGGCGAUAGAGGGAUCUCUAGCUUCAUCAAAUGUCUUGAUUUUUCUCUAACAUGCAGUAGUUAAAGAAAAAUUCCUACAAUAAAAAUUCCAAAAAACACAAGUUUGGAUUAGAUCGGCGCCCAUGUCAUGUCAGCGAUUGAUGAACAUGAUCACGGAUAGAAAAGCAGUCAACCACUUCAUUACUCAAAUCUUAGCGUUUUGCAGUUAAAUAUUGAACUUCAUAGCGAUGAACGUUGUUCGCAUUCGUGCAGAUGAGACAAUGUGGAUCACUCCAAUGAACGACGCUUGGCGGUUGAUCACUUGGCUUAGAGUUAGAGGAGAUCCAAUAUAGAGGAUUCUGAAUGGCUCGUUCAUAUGGUAAGUUGCGUCUAUGACUAUGAUCGAUGACCCACACCAUAAAAGUUUUCUUUGAAUUUGUGAUACGACCUUCCUCCUCUCAAAGCUCUUGACGGAUCUUUGCCCGACCUCUGUCAAAAAUGGAUGAAGAUGCUUUAAUGGUACCUACUCAUUUGUCCUAUUAUAACCUCGCACUGCAGGCUGAAAUAAGCUAGUAAAUAAAUGGUUAAUGUAUUAUGUUAUGUUUAGAGUAGGGGAUCCGAUCCGAGCUUUACCAUAGUUCAUGCUCGACUCGUUAAAAUAUUUUCAAACUCGAGCUUGGCUCGCCAAUAAGGUUAACGAGUUCAAUAUCGAGUCCAGCUUAUAAAAUGUUCGUGAUUGCUCAAGAUUGAGCUAGAACUGAGUACAAUAUUACAUUCAAACCUGUAGCAAAGUCUAGCAAACUAAAACACAAUAUUUAUCCCAAUUUCAAUAUAUAAAGUCCAUGAAUUCCAAUUCGUUCUUAUGUCAAGCCAUUAAAUGAGCUUGUUCUUUCGAGCUGAACAUGAUAUGACUCGAGUUCGGCUCGUUUAGUUAACAAGUUUGUUCACAAGCCAGCUCGAUUAAGAUGAAUCGAGUAUCUAACGAGUUUUUGUCGUAUCGAAUACCGAGUCGUUAAUGAGCCACUUGGUUCAUUAACAACCCUGGUUCAGAGUACAUAAUAUAGAUCCAUGGAUCAAAGUCAUGGAAUCCAAGCACCAAGAAUGAACCAUCAAGAGUAGGCCAAUCUAUCUAUCUAUCUUCUAUCUAUCUAAUAUAUGGAGAUUCUGCGGAGAGAGUGAAUUAAAAUAAAUAUUGGGAGCCUGACCGCAACUCACGGAAGGACAUAUGUGUCUUUUCCAUUAUAUAUUAUCUCAUCGAGUGAGUUUAUAGAGUUGCAUAAUUAUGUAUUUGGUUGGCCAUCCAUUUAUUAGCUUCAUUCCAAAGACUAUCCGAUCAACGCUAGAUUAAUUUCUCUUUCUUUUUUUAGGUAACGAUAAAAAAUAUAUGAGAUCAUACUACCUUAGAUUUAGGUUUGUGAUGUAUAGUUUUCUUUUACUAUAGCGGCAAAUCGACAACUCCCUUUGCUUUAUUUUUUUUAUAAAUUCGCUUGGUUUUUAUAAAUAUUAGUGAGAGAGUUAUAUUAUUACCACUGCCACAAUUCUCAAGAGCUAUAUAUAAGAGAUUUUCAAUUUCUCGCAAAUUUAGCGAACUAUAUCUCAUUCAUUUUCACUAUAAGUUUAAAUGGGUAAGAAAAACCAUAUUAAUUGAAACUUUUCAAAGAAAAGUCAAAGAAAACUAUGACAGAAUAUAUUUAUAAGAAUUUACAACAACAUCAAUGACAAUAGCAGUUAGGUAACAAUCUACCUCUACUUUUUUUUGUUUUUAACUUCAAGUUCAUUCAUUACAGAAAAACACUGUAACCAAGAAUCUCUAUAUUUUUUAACUUUAGGAUUAAAUGUGAGUUGUAGACAACAUUUGUUUAAUCUAAAUUAUUGUCCUAUAUCGUGAGGGAGCUAGAUUUUUUGAAAUGUCUAUUGAGAAACUACUCAAAGACAGUGACAAAAUGAGAGAGCAUUCACCUUCUCAUCCCAUACAAACCGAGAGCAUGAAGUUAAAGAUCAAGCUCACCGAUUACAACAUCGCAAACCUCAUAAGUGGGUACACAAUUUUGAAGAUAAUGAAGUAUGAAGAAGAGCAAUCUCAGACAAAAUUUAUGAUAUUUACUGGGUAAAUUUCAGUUCUUGAAAAUGGAUUUUUUUCAAUUAAAAUAAUUUUGCCAUUAAAUUUUUGCAUUCCAUGAAAUGUAAGAGAAGAAGGAAGAGUAUACUAAUAGCAGAAAAUGUCAAACUCCCAAGUUUCUAUACGACAGAGAGACAUUUGGUCUUGCUCAAGUUGGCCAUCAAAUCCGGCACUGGUAAAGGGCGGCGGCGGGAGCAGGUUCGGCGGGCAGGAGGGUUUCUGCACGGCUCUUCUCCACACAAACGCACAACGGUGGUGCUCGAUCUCCGACGAACAACAAUUGGUGACGCGACCCUCUUCUCCCAGCAGUUGGCGACGCGAUCAUCUUCUCCCGCGAACAACAGUUGGUGACCCGAUCAUCUCCGUCUGUGCUUCCGGCAACUGGCGCCAGAGACUUCGGCCACCCUGUACUCGGCCGCUAGCCUGCUACCCAUCCACUCUACUGUGUUGGAAUUGUCUUGAGGUGUAAGCUAUUGUCUCCUUAAAUCGAACUCAAUUGAUGUUGUAAUGUUUAUUUUUAAGCAAAUACGAGAGAAGAUAAAUAUGAAUAUUAGAUCUAUCUGGUUACGUUGGAGGUCAGACUUCAAAUUUGGGUUCCCACAAUAUUUACACAAAAACGAAAGAGGGAAAUAAAAGAGGAUUGAUCGACGAAAGGAUGCUGAUUGAUUGGGAAGCUGGGCAGAGUUGACAUGCGGAGAAGAAGAGGCUGUCGGAGGACGGAGGCACAAUCGGAGGAGAAGAGGUUCGCGCAGUAGAUUCACCAAACCGUCAAUCGUAUAGAAACCCUCCUGCCCGCCGCCGUCGUUUACCAGUGCCGGCCCGACUUGAGGAAGACCAAACGUCUGCCUGUCGUAGAGAAAUUUAAGAGUUUGUAGGUUAUAAUUUUUAAUUCAUUUGGUUAGGGAAAAGAAAUAACUAAAUAAAUAUUAGGAGUUAAUGAGGGGUAAUUGGGUCUUUUUACAGUCCAUUAGACGGUCAUUUAACAGAAAUUUAGACGGAAGGGUAUGUUCGUUACGUUUUAAUACUAGAAGGGUACGCGCAUGCAAAACAUUGUAGAGGGGUACGUUUGUUAAUUUGCAAAAGUAGAAGGAUAUAAAAUGCUAUUAACCCAAUUAAUUACUAUUACUAGUAUGAGGCCCGGCCGAUUGGCCAGAUCGUCAUUUUUGUGAAUAAUGUUUUAUUUUGUCAAAUAAGAUACAUUUACAUUUUCAUCUGUUUAAAAUAAUGAAUUAACAUCUCUUCAUUUUAGUUAGGAAAAUUGUUAUAAUUUUCAUAAUAAAAUAUGCAAUUGGAUAACUCAUAAAUACACAGACAAAAGAAAUUAAAAUUUCAAGAUAAUUUUUUUUUAUCUCCACCUUAAUAACUUUUUCACUAAUGAAUAAAAUUGCCAAUGGUAUACACGCUUAAUCAAAAAUUGAUUUUUAUCUCCCGUUGUCAUUUUUCACAUUUUUUCACUCCACUGUGUUGUAUCCUAUAACAAAACGAAUCUUAUUAGGCUAAUUUGGCCCUGUUAUAUCUUUUACAAAAACAGCUUAGAGCUGUAACCUUUUAGAGAAGUAUUUAAAAAAUAAUUGAGUGUUAUGCUAAUAAACAAUUAAAAUUAUUUUUGUAUAUCAAAGGAGAUUUGAAAUUACUAAAACAAUUCUGAUAUUAAAUGUAAAUAAAAAAUAUUCAAAAUGGAUCAUGUUGGAUUUCUUUUAUAUUUUAUGUUAGCUUUUAAAUAAUAUAAAAGAAAAAAAAAUUUAAUUUGAAAAAAAUCAUUGUGAUAAUAAUCUUGUAUUCUUAAAAUAAAUUUUUGUAGAAGCUCCAAAUCGAAUUUUAUACUUUUUUGUUGUACAAUACACUUUUUGACUUUUUCAAUAAAUGAAGGGUUAUAGGUGUUUGAUCCGGUUUCAACUUUUAAAACACAAAGACAUGCCAAAUAUUGUUGUUUAUUCAAAACCUCAUUUUUAUUGAUAUAUAGAAAACUCAAUUUCUGUACCCAUUGAAAAUCCAAUUCUUAUUAUCUAUUAAGGAUCCGUCUAAGUUCAAUAAUACACGAUAAGCUUUUGA